AUGGACUCUUGGGCCCACUUCCUGCUAGUUGAGCCCAAGGUGAUUGUGUAUCCAUCCAAGAUAGCUCCCCUGGGACACCACAACCUGCUUGUCUGCUCUGUCAAUGGUUUCUAUCCUGGAGAUAUUGAGGUCAGGUGGUUCCUGAAUGGGCAGGAGGAGACAUCUGGAAUUGUGUCCACAGGCCUGAUCAGUAAUGGAGACUGGACCUAUCAGAUCCUGGUGAUGCUAGAAAUCACCCCCAAACAUGGAGAUGUCUACACCUGUCAAGUGAAGCUCUCUAGCCUUCAGAGACAUGCCAUCUUGGACUGGAAAGCACAGUCUGAAUCUGCCCAGAGUAAGAUGCUGACUGGAGUCAGGGGCCUCGUGCUGGGGCUGAUCUUCUUUGGGGUUGGCCUCAUUGUCCACAAGAGGAGUCAGAAAGGGCUCUGCUAUAACAUGGGUGGCCUCAACCAUCAGUUUGUGCUGGUGUCUGCCAAUUCCCUUGGCUGCGUGAAGGCCUGUCUGGGGUCCUGGUGUUGGGCAGUAUUCCCUGGGGUAUUCAAGGUCAGCAAAGGAGGGAUAAGAGCACUUACUUGGUCAUCACAGCUCCCAGAAGUUCAGGAAGCUCCAACAGACUCCUGUCCUAAGCUGAGAGUCCUGGUUAUCACCACUGCAGCUGGUGAUUCAGCCCAGGGCCUGCUCAUGCCCCAGAAUGUUCAGGUGUAA